ACAGGUGAGUGUGGGAUCAUAGAGGUAUCACGUUGGCCAUUUGCUGACCCGUUUGUCAUUUGUCUCCUGUGUGUCUUUCAGAGUUUAAACCGUCGCCGUCACAAUGAAGUGGGCCUUUGCCUUGUGUGCCAUGGUGGCACUGUCCGAGUGCCUCGUCCAGGUGCCUCUGAACAAGGUUAAGACCGCCAGGGAGAGACUGGAGGAGCAGGGCCUCUGGGAAGAGUAUCGCCUCAAGUAUCCCUACAACCCCAUGUCCAAGUUUGACUCGCGCUUCGCUGUGGCCGGCGAGCCCAUGACCAACGACGCCGACAUGUCCUACUACGGCGUCAUCUCCAUUGGGACUCCUCCACAGUCCUUUAGGGUCAUCUUUGACACGGGCUCCUCUAACCUGUGGGUGCCGUCUAUCUACUGCAACAGCGCAGCCUGCAACAACCACAACAAGUUUAACCCCAGCACCAGCAGCACCUUCAGAAACAACGGCAACUCCCUCGACAUCCACUACGGCACCGGCAGCAUGACUGGUUUUCUGGCAUACGACACAGUGACGGUGGGUGGGCUCCCUGUGACAAACCAGAUCUUUGGCUUGAGUGAGACCGAAGCCCCCUUCAUGCAGUACAUGCAGGCUGACGGGAUCCUGGGCCUGGCCUACCCGGCCCUUUCUGCCUCUGGUGCCACGCCCGUGUUUGACAACAUGAUGCAGGAGAACCUCGUCAACCAGGACCUGUUCUCCGUGUACCUGAGCCCUAACUCUGAGCAGGGCAGUGUGGUGACAUUUGGUGGCGUGGAUCCCAACCACUACUCUGGUGCCAUUACCUGGGUUCCCCUCUCCAGAGACCUCUACUGGCAGAUCACAGUGGACAGCGUGACCGUCAACGGACAGGUGGUGGCGUGCAGCGGUGGCUGCCAGGCCAUUGUGGACACUGGCACGUCUCUGAUCGUUGGACCUCAGAGCAGCAUCAGCAACAUCAACACCCAAGUGGGGGCUACUAGCCAAAACGGAGAUUUUGUUGUGAACUGUAACAACAUCGGCCAAAUGCCGGACGUGACGUUCAACAUUCACGGACAGCAGUUCACCCUCCCGGCUUCUGCCUACGUCCGUCAGUCUCAGUACUAUGGCUGCCGCACUGGCUUCGGCGGCGGCGGCGACAGCCUGUGGAUCCUGGGUGACGUCUUCAUUAGGCAGUACUAUUCCAUCUUCAACCGAGCCCAGAACAUGGUGGGUCUGGCCCGGUCUAGAUAAUCGACCUGUAGUGGAGUCAUUAAGCAACUUUACCAAAGUACAAUUCAUGGUUUUCAGAUCUAUUGUACUAAUGAGUAAUGACUGAGACUGAAGUGCUCACUACUUAUUGAUGGAAUUGCCUCAAGUUCAAUAAAAAGUACAACAUUGUAAAAA